GGCAGUCAUCUCGUUUCAAUCGUUUUUCCACAUCCUGUUCAGCCCCCGGUGCUGUUUACCUGUAGACUGACUGUGCCUUAGGCUACUUCUAGAUUUAUUUUACCCGCUUUCAAUAUGUUCACUUGCUCAUAUCAAACAGCUGUCCAUGGGCUGUGUAUGCUCAGCACCUUGUGGCUGUCUGUAUCGGGGUUGAAGGUGUUGGAGAGCCCCGGGAUGAUCCAGGAUCUGCGGGCGGCACUAGCUGAGCUGGCCGGAGAGGGAAGGAGCUACCUGUGCAGGCUGACCGGGGAGCAGACGCUGCUGUCGGUGCACAAGGCUUUCUCUCAGGUCCUGGGUGUUGUGGCAGGAAGUUUGUCUGAGGGUCUGAACGUUCUCUUACAGUAUGUGUCACACUUCCUGCAGGCUGCUGGAAUCCAAGCUGAGUUCCCCGUCAGCAGAGUGAGCCCAGAGGAGGUGAGCUUUGUUGCUCAGUGGGUGGUCGUGGCUCUCAUUGGCUAUUGGCUAAUCUCCUUCGUCUUCAGAUUGGUUGCCUCCACUCUGAGGCGGGCUAUGUGGCUGCUGAAAGUGGCCGUGGCUCUGGUGUGUUUCGGGCUGAUUCUGAGGGACCACAGUGUGGGCACUGACACCAUGGCGGUCCGGCUGGCUGUGCUGGUGUGUGUGUGUGUGCUGCUGGGGGUCGGCACUCUGCAGAGAUCCACUGCAUCCAAUAAGACCACUCACCUGGAGGAGCAGGUGAAGAUCCUGGAGAGACGGCUGAGAGAGAUGGAGAGCUGGAGGAGGACGGAGGAGUAGAAAGGGGGCGGACAGAAGUCAAAUGCCACAUGUUGGGACGAUGGAGUGCUGUUGUCCUGCAGUGCUUCUGCAAAUUUAGGGCAGACAUUGUUUUAUUGAUUUGUUACUGACUCAAUUUGAUUACUUAAUCAUUCCAGGGGGUGGAAACUUGUUAGUCUACUGUUUUUGUUUACUGUUUCUCCAAACAAUGUGCCACAGCCUUUAUGUUCAAUGUUACCAUAUUUUUUUGUCUCGUUUCAGGAGUGAGAGAAGAUUGAUACUAAAAUAUUUUCAACACUUUAAUUAACGUAAAUAAAUAGUAACAUACUUUCAUUCAGGUGAAGACCUUUCUGGCAUUUCUCUUAAUGAGAGGACAUUCUCAGGAUAUUCUGGUCUAUUCUUUUUCUGAUACACAGAGGACAAAACCCAUGCCUUCAGUGUUGCUCAUGUACCAGCAUUCCACUUCCUGUUAGCGAGCUCAAUGGUCAGCAGCUCAGUGAUUGUGUGCGCCUCAUUUGUCUUCAGUAAUACCGUGCCUUCAGAUGAACAGAUUCCAAAUAUCACUGUUAAACGUUUGUAUCGAAAUGUUUUUUGGGGAAAAUCUAACAUUUUUGAAGCCUUCGAGUAGAAUACAAAGCCACAGACUGGUACCUCUACACUCAGAUGUAUGUGUGCAGCCAUAAAUGUUCUAUUAUCAUGAAGAUGCUAUCAGUAAAGAUUGUGUUGAUCUUCAGUGUGUGCAGAACUGAAGCAGAGGGUGUAUUACCCUCAGUUAUUGGCUCCAGUCAAUUCUAUCAGAAUGGUCAUUUCAACAUCCAAACAGCAGCCAUGUUUUAAUAUUGUCUGAGCAAACUGAAAAAGAUCCUUCCUCUCAACAGAAAUCUCAAUGUAAUAAACAAACACUUGCAUAAAAAAA